AUGGGAAGGGCGGGGUGGCGAGCGGAGACGAAGAAGAUACACGGAGGGCCCCUGACGCUCGAGAAGUACCGCCGCUUCUUCGUCGAUCCAUGGGGCGACGCUAUCACCAACGACCAACUCAGCCAGAUCCUCACCAUGCAUGGCUUCCUCAAGCUCCCGGCAAACAAGAGGAAAAUCAUGAAGCAGCUGGUGGCGCAGAUAGACCUGCAGCCGCCGCGCCGCUCCACUUUGCGCAACACGGCCGCCGCGGCCCGGCCCUCCGCCGUGAGGAUCAACGCCAGGCAGGUCGCGGCCGACGUCGACGCUAUCGGCUGGACGGAGAACCCCAUCGGCGCCGUGGCCGCCUUCGCCGGCUACGGGGAGGGCCCACCGGAGCGGCUGGAGCGCAUGCCCCCGCCCGCCCACCACGUGCUCUCGCUGGCGCUCGCUCUGCGCCGCGCGCGGUCCAGGCGGACGCGCCGCUCUGCAUACCCGCGCCGUGCUGCGUCCGAGGACGUCAAGGUGAAGGAGGAGGACGUGGAAGAGCCGCCGCCGCCGCCGCCGCCUCCGCCGCUCUGGACGCGCUCCCCGACUCCGUCGCCUCCGCCUCUCUGGAUGCGCUCCCCGACUCCGUCGCCUCCGCCUCUCUGGAUGCGCUCCCCGACUCCGCCGCCUCCUCCCCCGUCGCCACCUUGUCCACAGUCUGUUGCGCCUCCUCCGCCUGCUUCGCCACCUCGGCCACAGACUGCUGUGCCUCCUCCACCUGCGUCGCCACCGCGGCCACAGACUGCGGUACCACCUCCGCCUUCGUCGCCACCGCGGCCACAGACUGCUGUGCCUCCUCCGCCUUCGUCGCCGUCCUGCCGCCAGCCUAAUUUGGAGACAAUCUUCUCCCCACCACCACCAGGCUUCGGUCCACCAGGCUUCGUCCCGCCGCCGCCGCCACCAUGCUCGACCCAGCCUACAUUGGCGCCACUCCCCACCCCGCCACCAGGGUUCGGCUCGCCCCAGGUGACGCCGCCGCCUCCGCAGCUAUUCUGGGGCUUGCCGUUGCCGAUGGCGCCACCGCCGGCAGGCCCGGGAGCGCCGCCUGCGUUCGCGCAUCAUCUUCAGCCUGCAGGACAGCGACCGUCGGUCCCGUCGUGUUAUCCGGCAGCGUGCUGGGGCGCGCCCUCCGUGCUGCCGCCACAGCAAGCGCCCUGGCGUUGGCCGCAUCCACCGCCGCGCUGGGCACCACCUCAUAUGCCGCAGCAGCAGCGGCCGCCGCCACCGUGGGACUUCAUGGAGCCGUCGGCGCCUCCUCCUCCUAUGCCGCUGCAACAUCAGCCGCAUUUCGAGGGGCAGCAAUGGCCGCAGCCCACAGUCACCGGGGGUGUCCUGGGCCAGGCCCACGCCUCUGUUUUAGGGACUCCUGUCUUGCAGAGUCUUUGCUAA